CCUCACUCAACUUCCUUUAUCUCUCUCUCUCUCUCUCUCUCUCUCAAACAAGAACAAGAAUCUCAAGAAAGCUAUGGACAACCUCAAGAAACUUAAUCUCUUCUCUGUCUCUUUAACCAUAAUCCUUGUCUCCUUCACCAUAGCCACCACGACCAACCUACCCUUUCUUGAAGUGAAAUAUCCCAACACCAACACCAACAACAACCCUUUUGGUAUGUUGUUACGGCCGACACAAACCAAGAACCAAUCAUCGGGCCAAACGACUCGUGUUUGUUCAGAUGAGUGUUUGGUCUGGACCAAAUCCUGUUCCGAUGAGAUUCUUAGGUUGACUUACGAGCCCGACAACGUUGCGUGGCUUAAACGCGUUAGGAGGACGAUCCAUGAGAAUCCUGAGCUUGCUUUUGAAGAAGUUGAGACUAGUAGGCUUAUAAGGUCGGAGCUUGACCGUAUGGGUAUUAUGUAUAGGUAUCCGUUGGCCAAAACGGGUAUUCGGGCUUGGAUCGGAUCCGGUGGACCGCCUUUUGUUGCGGUUCGGGCUGAUAUGGACGCACUACCAAUUCAGGAAGCAGUUGAAUGGGAACAUAAAAGCAAAGUUGCAGGGAAAAUGCAUGCAUGUGGUCAUGAUGCACAUGUGACUAUGCUUCUUGGUGCUGCCCAUAUUCUUAAGUCUCGUGAACAUCUUCUCAAGGGAACAGUUGUUCUACUAUUCCAACCGGCCGAGGAAGCUGGAAAUGGUGCUAAGAACAUGAUCGAAGACGGAGCUUUGGAGGACGUAGAGGCUAUAUUCGCGGUCCAUGUGUCUCAUAUCCAUCCAACGGGUGUGAUUGGAUCAAGAAGUGGUCCAUUGCUCGCUGGAUGUGGGAUUUUCCGGGCUGUUAUCACCGCGGAAGAUAGUAGUGGCGCGGCUAAUCUUAUUCUUGCGGCUUCUUCCGCUGUUAUUAGCCUUCAAGGCAUUGUAUCUCGUGAAGCUAGUCCUCUUGACUCUCAGGUUGUCUCGGUAACUUCUUUUGAUGGCGGUCAUAGUCUAGAUGUGGUGCCAGACACGGUGGUCCUCGGUGGUACUUACAGAGCUUUUUCUAACUCAAGCUUCUACUACCUUAUGAAGCGUAUUGAAGAGGUACUCGUGGAUCAGGUCAGGGUGUUCGGUUGCACAGCGACUGUAAACUUCUUUGAAAAACAAAACGCGAUAUACCCACCAACAACGAACAACGACGCAACAUACAAUCACUUAAAGAAAGUCACAGUGGAUUUGCUCGGAGAUAGCCACUUCACGUUAGCUCCACAGAUGAUGGGAGCUGAAGAUUUCGCCUUCUACUCGGAGAUCAUCCCGGCCGCGUUCUAUUUCAUUGGCAUAAGAAAUGAAGAACUUGGAUCAGUCCACAUUGGCCAUUCACCACAUUUCAUGAUCGAUGAAGAUAGUUUACCCGUUGGAGCCGCGGUUCAUGCAGCUGUGGCUGAGAGAUACUUAAAUGAUAAAAAUUUAUAAGUAACAAAAACAAUCCCCCCCGGCCACUUUUUUUUGGGGUGGUUAUAUAUUUUAGGUGUUACCAAAAUUAUAUUAAUGUAUCUUUGCUUGGAAGUGUUUGUGAAGAGUAGUUUUAUUUGAUCUUUUUUUUUUUUAAA